AUAAUGCGUACGUUAUUGUUGUUAAAUUAAAUUAAAUCUAAAAAAGGUUUUAUAUGAAUAUCUUCAAUGUUUGAAGAAGUAUAUUUUAAAUUUUUUAUGUUAAAAAUUUGUAGUUUUAUUUGUGAAAAUGUCGAGAAAAUCGAAAUGGAUAACACCAUUCGUAAAGCAGUCCUUCGUAACAUCGGGUGUGACAUUGAACCUGGCCGGGCAUGGCAUCUGUAAUGGAUUCGCAGCCAUCCUGCUUCCACAGCUUCAAACACCAGAUUCCACUAUACCUAUUGACGAUUCCUCAGGCUCCUGGAUUGUUUCCGUCAGUGGUUUUGCUCUAGUCGUUGGCAAUUUCAUGAUUCCUGUGAUUAUGGGAAAAUACGGCAGAAGAAUUGCCAGUAUGGUGAGCCUCAUUCCCAUGUUAUUAGGCUGGAUAGGUAUUAUCUUAGCCACUAACAUACCCAUGCUUAUUAUAUCAAGGUUACUUCAAGGUCUAUCAAUGGGAAUGGGAACUACAUUGGGACCAGUACUGAUUGGGGAAUACACAAGUCCGAAGAACCGAGGUGCUUUCUUAACCAUCAUAUCUGUGAUGAUCUCCGUCGGUGUACUCAUUGUACACACCUUAGGGUCCUACUUACAUUGGCAAACGACGGCGGUCUACUGCGCAUUUAUAACAAUAGCUGAUUUGAUAAUAGUGCUAUUAUCACCCGAAUCACCGAGCUGGCUAGCUGAUAGGGGUAAAUACGAUGAAAGUAAGAAAGUAUUCAGAUGGCUACGAGGUGACGGUGAAGAAAAUGAAUUAGAAAGAAUGAUAACAGUAAGAUUAGAUGAAGAAACAAAUAUUGGAGUAAAGGAGACAAAAUCAGUAUUGACAACAUUGAAAAAUCGGAAAGUGUAUUUAAAAUCUUUGUUUAAAAGGAAAGAGUUUUAUAAGCCGAUAAUUAUAAUGAUUCAUAUUUAUACACUAUCUCAAUGGGCUGGUGUAAACAUUUUGAUAACUUAUACAGUGGAUUUACUAGACAGGGUCAUUGGAAAAGAUGUAGAUUUAGCAUUAGUAAUAAUAACUUUAGAUUCCCAAAGAAUAAUUUCUAAUAUUAUAGGUGUUUAUUUUAUAAAGAAAAUGAGGCGAAGAUUUAUGUUAUUAGUGACAGGAUUUCUUGCUGUCAUCGCAAUGUUGGCCACAGCAUUGUACUCGUAUUUGAAACAGGAGGAUCUGCUUCUGUAUGAUCAUCCUCUGAUAGGAAUUUUAUUACUACAUUUUCAUAUGCUGACUGUAGGUUUAGGUAGUUUACCUAUAUGUUAUAUAAUAGCUGGGGAAUUAUUCCCUUUGGAAUUUAGAAGCAUGGCCGGUGGUAUCAGUGUUUUAUUCCAUUCGACAAGUUUCUUUAUAAUUGUGAAAACUGUGCCAUUUCUAUUUAAAAAUAUUGGAUUGCAUGGUGCUUAUUGUUUGUAUACAUUCGUAGUUAGUUAUUGUUUGCUAAUAUCAUGGUGGCUUUUACCUGAAACCAAGGAUAAGACUCUUCAAGAGAUCGAAGAUGAGUUUAGAGGUACAUCUGAUACUGGAAAGACAAUAGAAUUAUUGUCAAUGGAUAUAGCGUAAAGAAAUAACAAUGUAGUGAGAAUGAAUGUGGAUGGUCUACAAAAGUUGAAGACCAAAGAAAAGAUGGAUGGAUUUUGUGAAAGAGAAAUGGAUAAGAAGGGAGCGAAUUCAGAUAUGACGGCUGAUAGAGAUAAAUGCAAUAGUAAAUGCUGUGCUGAACCUCUAUAGGAAAAAGAACAGACUGAUCGUGAUGAAAUCUAUAUCUUGAAAUAAUAUGACAUAUUUGUAUUAAGAAUCUUACUAAUAUUAUAAAUGCGAAAGUUUAGAUGUU